UCACCCACACCAUAGCCUCCUCCUCCACCUUUCUGCAUGCCACCCUACCCUAACCAUACCUCCCCCCCUUGGCCUCUGAUUGGCUGUCCCCCCAGCCUUCUCCACCCACUUUUCCCCCACCCGCGGUGAAAACUGCGGGCCACCGAACCGGUGCAGCAAUUGGAGGCGGCGGCGCAUCCGGAGGAGGUUGCAGCAGCGCGGGACCCAACCCAGAUCCUGAGCGGAGCUCUUCGCACCAUGAACCCAGCCAUUGGCAUUGCGCUACUGCUGGCAGUCCUGCAGGUAUCCCGAGGGCAGAAGGUAACCAGCCUGACAGCAUGCCUGGUAGACCAGAGCCUCCGGCUGGAUUGUCGCCAUGAGAACUCUACCCAGGUGCCUAUCCAGCAUGAAUUCAGCCUGACCCGGGAGAAAAAGAAGCACGUGCUGCAUGGCACCUGGGGCGUGCCUGAGUACUCAUACCGUUCCCGCACCAACUUCACCAGCCGGUACAACAUCAAGGUCCUCUACCUAGCCAACUUCACCAGCAAGGACGAGGGCACCUACACCUGCGAGCUCCGCCUCUCAGGCCAGCCCACCCAGAGUUCCCACCAAAAUGUCUCUGUGUUCCGAGACAAGCUGGUCAAGUGCGAGGGCAUCAACCUACUGGCUCAGAACACCUCCUGGCUACUGCUGCUCCUGCUCUCGUUGUCGCUGCUCCAGGCCACGGAUUUCAUUUCCCUGUGACUGGUUGGGUCCACGGAGGAUACAGGAAGCCACAAGGCCCAGUGCAGUGAUCCUGCUUCUCUGAGUCUGCCAACCCCCACCCCUGGCACAGCUGGGGAAGAAAUGGGGAUCCCACCCUUUAUAAGGAACCCCAGUGCUGCAUGCCAUCAUCCUCCCCCCUCUUCAGCCCGCACGCACGCUGCCAACUGUCUCGCCAUCUUUGUUCAAAAGCUGCUUCUGUCUGGUUGGCUUAGGGUUUAGCUUUUCUGUCCUUUUGGCACUUGUAACAAGGGAAGCCAGGCUGGGGGAGCCAAUGGAGAGUGAGAGCGUAGGAGGAGCAGUGGGUAUAGAGAGGGCUCCAGCUGGAGCAGAAGUUAGGAGAAAUCUGGAGGAAGAGGAAAAGCAGUGGGCCUGGGCCUAGCACAACCAUGCUCUGGCCAAGACCCCUGUACAGCGGCAGGGAGAGCACUCAAGACCCCAGAGGCAGGGGCACCCCCUAGUGGGGCAUAGUGGUGCCCAUCAUAUGCCUCCAGGAGCCAUCUCAGCCACACCAAAAAUAAGCCUUGCUAGCACCAUGGCACAAGUCCUCCCAGGGACCUUGGGCCAAGGACUGCACCUGUGACCAUGAAGAUACAGGCCAAAUAAAGUGGUCAGAGGUUUCAUUGUUGCCCUCACCUACAGAUGCAACAAAGCAAGAUCCCAUGUCCCUUCCUGCCUGGGCCAGCAGUUAAUAGGGUAGCAGAAGAAAGUAAGCUUCCUCUUCAGCUGUCCCCAAGCUCCCAGAAGCUUCCAGAACUCAGACAUGGAGCCACCAAGUCAGGCAGGUGUGGCCCCAGUGUCCAUGGCAGGAGGAGGUCUCCCUCAUCCACCAGUGCCAGCCCCUGCCACCUGGGGUUUGAACCCUUCAGACAGCCCCCUCCCCAUCAGGACCCUGAGGUGAGCUGUGGAGUACACUGUGACCUCCCUGGGCAGAUGGCUGCUCCCCUAGCACCCAGCACCCAGCCCCAAUCCACUGCUCUGCCCACCCCAUCCCAGUGUAGUGCCACCACAGCUUAUGACAUCUCACCGAGAAAGUACAACACACAAUAAAAUCGAGUCUGUUCAGCUUC